AUGGCCUCAGAUAUUCUGGAGGUGGCUGCUCUGGGUCGGCUUUUCACCUUAGGGAUGCUCUAUGAUGCUCGGACAGAUAAACUCAUCCCAGGUCUCACACUGUGGGAGGCUAAAACUCUGCAGGAAAAGUCAGUGGAGAAUGAUCAGCACAGCAGUGAGCCUGAAGUCAGUGCGACUGAUUCCAUUGACAAAAAGUCCUCUCUGCUGGAUGUCAGUGCUUCCCUGAAGGCCAGUUUCUUGAGUGGCCUGAUCAGUGUUGAAGGAUCAGCCAAAUAUCUGAAUUACAGGAAGAAAUCUCACCAUCGGAGCCGAGUCACUCUUCAGUACAAAGCUACCACCAAGUUCAAACAGCUGAUGUUGACUCCUGAUGAAACCAAGAACACUAAACAAGCAGAAGAUGUGAAGAAUUUGGCAACACAUGUAGUCACAGGAAUCCUUUAUGGAGCAAAUGCUUUCUUUGUGUUUGACAGUGAGAAGUUAGAUGCUGGCAGCAUUCAGGACAUCCAGGGCAGCAUGCAAGCUGUGAUAGAGAAGAUUCCCUCAUUUAAUGUUGAUGGGAAAGUUGACAUCAAGCUGAGUGCUAAAGAAAAAGCUGUGACUGAUAAAUUCACCUGCAAAUUCUAUGGAGACUUCAUUCUUGAAAGCAACCCUGCAACAUUUGAAGAUGCAGUGAAGACCUACAUCCAACUUCCAAAACUACUGGGAGAACACAAAGAUAAUGGUGUUCCACUGAAGGUCACACUGAUGCCACUGAAGAAUUUACAUCCAGAAGCUGCUGAGAUGAUGACAGAGAUCAGUGCUGGACUUGUUAGAAAGGCUCAAGAUACUCUGAAGGAGCUCCAUAACCUGGAAAUAAAAUGCAACGAUCUGCUGGAGGACAGAGUGAUGAAAAGCUUUCCACAGAUACAAGAAAAGUUGAAAAGAUUCCAGGAGCUCUGCAAGGAUUUUAGAUCUUCACUCCAACAGACAAUGGCCAAAAAACUUCCCUCCAUCAGGGCAGGUGAGGAAGAUAUGCAGGAAUUAGUGAAAGUCUUUAAUGACAGAUACAAGUCACCGUUCAGUCAGGAGAAAUUAACCAAGUGGAUCAAAGAUGAAGAGAGAGAAAUCACCAUCAUCAGGUACUUUGUAGACAUGAUGGAGAGAACAAAGAUCAUCUCAGAUCAGUCUGAGCUGGACAGAGAGGUGUUUAAUCCAAGAGUAGAGGAAGUUCUCUGCUUUGUUUUCACCUCCCUGAAAUCCACUGACCCAUAUCUGCAGAACAUGUCUGACUACUUGGAUAAACCUAAAUCCCAAGAUACUGAGGAAAUCACUCCAUCUACCCAGGACCAAUGGUACUUCUCAGAUGAAGUGAUAGCCAAAAUGAAAAAAAAGGCAAAAGCUGUGAAGGAGAACAGGAAAUUAUCUUUCUUUAUAACAGCCAUUGCAAAUGACAAAUACCAAGGAGGAAGUAUCUACCACUACAGGAAGAACGUCCUGGUCACGGAUGAUUACUCAGGGCCUGAUGUCAUUGAUGUGGAAAAUGUAACAAACAGAGGAGCUCUGACGUGGUAUGCCUGUGAUCUCACCCUGGAUCCAAACACAGCAAACUACAAACUCAUUCUGUCUGAAGGAAACCAGAAGGCGACACAUAGAGAGAAGCAGCUGUAUCCUGACCAUCCUGAGAGGUUUGAUACUUUGCCUCAGGUUCUGUGCAAAGAGGCUCUGACUGGACGCUGUUACUGGGAGGUGGAGUUGAGCGUGAACAACGGAACCGAUGCUGCUGCUGCUGUUUGCUACAAAACAGUUGAGAGGAAAGGGGAGGGUAGAUUUUGUGGGUUUGGGUGGAAUAACAUGUCUUGGUCUUUGGGCCACAAGUGGGAACCAAAACCAACUUUCUAUUCAGAGCAUGUUGGGGUGACCAAUAAUUACCCUGUUCCUCCUGCCUGCUGCCCCCGACUGGGGGUGUUUCUGGAUUGGCCUGCAGGCACUCUGUCCUACUAUAUAGUCUCAUUUAAUAAACUAAGCCACAUUCACACCUUCAGAACCAAAUUCUCUGAGCCCGUUUUUCCUGCCUUCAAGCUUUGGACUAAAAACAGUUACAUGUUCCUCCGUUUGUAA